UUUUCAGGGCUGCAACUUUCCCACUCCCAUCUCUAGCAAGCUAAGUUGGCUGCGGCUGCUGAUUUUUUGUUUACUUUUUUGCCGGCAAAUCAAAUUCGGGUUUUGCCAUGAAUCUGUUCGAGGAGCUGGACACCUUGGACCCCGGCUCCAAGCUGGUGCCGCCCCGCAUCGAGACGCCCACGGCGCACAAGAUUACGGUGCUGAUACUGCUCAAACAAUAUGUGGUUAAUAAAAAGGCCUGCCUGGAUACGGGCAUAUCCAUGCGUACCCAGCGACGACGCAUGUUCUAUAUGCUGCUCUUCAAGCUUGUCCAGGAGGCGGAUAUGUCCUACAACGAGCUGCACAACUUGCUGACCACCGGGCGCUAUCGGCUGGACACCCUGAUGUUGGAGGCCUUUGAGAAGGCCAUGUCGGAGUUCUGUGCGGGCAGCAUCGAGUCUUUGUUUGACUUUACCGAGAUACAGAACAUCGACGAGAUCCUCAACGAGAACUACGGCAUCAGCCAGUUCAGCAUGGUUGGAGUCUAUGUGCGUCGCGUGGGCGUCGUCCUGGAGCGACUUAGUUUUGCCGAAAUGAUGGACAUGUACAAGAAUAUCUGUUCGUACUACGAGAGAGGAGUUCGUGCAUUGGCCACAGGACCGCGAAAGGCUAUGGCUGGUGGAAUUCUGCACAGAGAGGAAACGCCGCCUCCUUCGCUGGUAAUAAUCGACGAAACGCCAGGAAAAGAGACUCUUCACACCAAGAAAAAGGAUAAGGAGGUAACCUUAUCUCGUUGUGGAACGGAGGAGCGAAACCCGCUAAGCAAGUGGGCGCCCAAGCAAGCCAAGUUCUUCAUCAACAAGCAGUCGGAGUUGCUGGACAGCAACGAGCGGAAAGCCCUGUCACCCCUGGAGCUGCAGAAGAAGGUGCAGGAGAUCAUACACGAUCUGCCGCUGGCCACAACCCCCUAUUUCCUGGGCUACAUGAACCAGCUCCGAGUCAGGGACUACUCGAACGCUCUGUCCGCCCUCCACAGAGCCCUGGAUCGCAGUCCCGUACGGCUGAUGAGUCAGGAGAAGGGAUAUCAAUACUUUUGCGUCAACCUGGCAGUGCUGCAUGCCACUUUUGGACAUAAGAAGGAAGCCCUGGCAGCCCUCAGGGAGAGUAUAAUGCUGGCCCAAGAGCACGGCGACAAGAGAAGCCUGAAUUUGGCUAAUACCUGGUACAGUCUGCUGAGGGAUGAACUCCCUUUGUCUGCGGUUCUGAAGAGCGUACAGGAGGCAAGCGACUUGGAUGGUUCCCUGCUGCAGAACUACACUCUAGCCCUGCACUUUGCCGUUAAGUUGGGCACAGUGGCUGGCUAUCAACCUCUGCGUCUCUUUGAUCUCCUCCAGCACAGUGAUAAUCUCACCAAUCGUAACAACUUGGCGGAUCACGCUUCCGAAGCUCUAUCCUUGAGGAGCGCUGUGUGGUGCGCCUACGGAAGACAUGAACUGUCUGCUCUUUAUUCGCAGGUUCUGUUGACAACCAGGGAUCGUUUUGGCAAUGGCUCCGCUGGUCUGGGUAGCGCCUUGGCUAGCUAUGCCCUGUGGCUGCAGUUGCAGGGAGAGCACAAGCUAGCCAAGGUGCUGCUGCAUCGUGCCAAGGAGCGCUUCCCUCGACUGCCCAGUGCCGAGGGCUGGAUGAUAAGCCAGUGCCAUGUCGUUAUCCAGGCUGGAAUCUACCAGUGCCGCUGGCAUGAUGCCCUGAAAGCCUGCGAUCAACUCUACCUGCUGGAUCCCUCGGAUGCUAUUAUGCAGCGUGCCUCUAUCUACGUGGCCAAAAGGGAGUUCUUCAAUGCGCGACGACUUCUGGACAAGCUGGCUUCCCAGGAGGAUCUGCCCUUCCUCUUGCGUAUGAGGAUUCAAGUUCUUCUUGGUUACUGCGGCAUGGCCGACGGACGCUUCUCGAGCGAGACUACACUGAUCUUACUGCGCGUUGCCGAGAGUAUGGCAGAUUCACAGAUGGACUACGAGCAGGCCUUGGUAGAUCUGUUGCUGGCUCAACAAUUGCUCCUCCUCGGCAUGCCCCAGAAGGCCUACCAGGCUAUCAAGCGCUGCAUGCACGACAUUCACAUCAACGGCGGACUGUAUGAGCGUGCCAAGACGGACUUUGUAUUCGUUCGCUGUCUGCUAGCCAUUAGUCCGAAUAAUGUGGAGGAACGGAAGGCGCAACUGCUUAAAUCUCUGGAGAUUCUGGAGCGUGCGGCGAAGUCCUUUAAGAAUCUCUCGGCACAUGCCAAAGUCCUGGACGUGUAUGUCUUCUUGGCGCAGCGUUUCAAUGAAUUCGGGGAAAGGAACUUGAGGAACAAAUAUGCCGGAGAGUUCAGACGUUACUUUACGGAUCAUCCAAUUCCAAGGGAAUAUUUAGGGAGUCCUUAGGUGCUCUUAGGUUUUAAUAGAGGUAUUAUUAAUUGAAUGUUUACUGAUAUACAAUGAUUGGGCAGCGUUAGCAGGCAGAAAACAAAGCAGUCCCGAGUUUGCGGGAUUUGAAUCAGUAAAUUAUUCAACAACUUGUUUGAAUUUAACUCUUAAUAAACAUAUUUUUAUUAA